GGGAACGCCUCUUACCUGGUUCUUCACAGUGUUCAGUAAUCUUCUGAUUCUGGCUGUGACAGCACUCUAGCUUUAAUACAUUUGGUCCGGGUUGGUCUGGGUUGGACAACAGUACAUUUUUCAUUUAUAUCCUUUCAUAUUUGCGUAUAAAAACAGCGAGACUGUUGAGUUGUCUGACCUAAGCUAAAAACCGGUAUCAAAACGGGCCGGCUGUCGGUACAUUAAGCUUGUUAGCCAGCUAGCUACACUGCCUUACAGUGAAACUGCCCUUUGUCUUUUUAGUGAACCAAGAUAGGCAGCUUGGGAACCAAGAUGUCGAACCGAGUGGUGUGCAGAGAAGCAAGUCACGCCGGGAGCUGGUACUCCGCUUCGGGAUCCCAGCUGAAUGCACAAUUAGAAGGCUGGAUGUCGCAAGCGCAGUCGACGAUCAGACCUGCUAGAGCCAUCAUAGCACCUCAUGCUGGCUACACCUACUGUGGUGCUUGUGCAGCACAUGCCUACAAGCAGGUUGAUCCCUCUAUUACUCGUAGGGUGUUCAUCCUGGGACCUUCACACCAUGUGCCGCUCUCCCGCUGUGCCCUGUCAACUGCAGACAUCUAUAGAACACCUCUGUACGACCUGAGGAUCGACCAGAAGGUUUAUGCUGACCUCUGGAAAACUGGAUUGUUUGAAAGAAUAAGUAUGCAGACAGACGAAGACGAGCACAGUAUUGAAAUGCACUUGCCUUAUACUGCUAAAGCCAUGGAGAGCCACAAAGAUGAGUUCAGCAUCGUUCCUGUGCUUGUGGGCGCUCUCAGCGAGUCCAAAGAACAGGAGUAUGGAAAGCUGCUCAGCAAGUACCUGGCAGACCCCACCAACCUUUUCAUCAUCUCAUCGGACUUCUGCCACUGGGGUCAACGGUUUCGCUACACGUACUACGAUGAAUCUCAAGGGGAGAUCUACAGGUCCAUCGAGCACCUGGAUAAAAUGGGGAUGAGCAUUAUAGAGCAGUUGGAUCCAAUGUCUUUCACCAACUACCUAAAGAAGUACCGUAACACCAUCUGUGGGCGUCACCCCAUCGGAGUUCUGCUAAACGCCGUGGCGGAGCUUCGGAAGGCUGGUUUUGAAAUGAACUUCUCUUUCCUGAACUACGCCCAGUCGAGUCAGUGCAGGAACUGGCAGGACAGCUCCGUGAGUUACGCUGCUGGGGCGCUCAUUGUUCAUUGAGGUCAACUCUCGCGGGGGCCUCCGCAACGCCUGCCCCCCCCGCCCUCAAUAUCUAUCGCCAUAACGCGGCCCAUAGCCCCUCCUUUACCCCCAGUUACACCCACUAUUUGCAGGAAAGACCUAGAUACUGAAAGCCAAUAAAAAACACAUUUCCUCCACCAGUUUUCUCCCAAAGCUUUUGGUUGAUGUUCAGUUUUAGGAGAAGUCGGUUUACUUUGGCGUGAUGCUUUAAAUGACUCGAGACGCCGUAGAGGUUUUCAUCUUUUUCUUCUAACGGCAUCAAGAUUUGGUUAUGACGCUGCACUCUUCAUGUUCAAACUUUAUCUGUUUUCCUGUGUUUUGCAUCAGAAAUGAAAAUAAACAGCAGAUCUGAAUAGAAAACAGUCAGCAGAUGAAAACGAGUCUGAUGCUUAAAGCAAACAUUUAAGGUAAACCUUGAGAACAGUGAUCUGUGAUCAAAUGUUUCUAGAUGUUAACUAAGGGCUGCACCCAACACAGUUAGCUGACUCCCUACUGUACAAAACCAAAAACAUGAUGUUAGAGACCAGGCUUAAGAAAUAUAUUCUUAUUUUAUUCUUUUUUUAAAUUUUUAUUAUUAGUAUGUUUAUUAGUAGUACUAGCAUUUACUCAAGUAUUGUAUAGAUUUGAAAAACACCUUCUGAUCAGAGGCUUUGAACAUGGUUUGCCCAUUAGAUCAAAGUGUGGAAAAUCAAUCUUUUUUUUUUCUUCUAUUCUAGACAAUGUUAGAAAUUAACUCCCCUAUAAGAAGCAGAUCUUCAGUUUGAUCUGAAGGACGUCAAAACGCAGAAGAAACUUCACAAUCUGAGCUUCUGCACUAAUAGAACCUGCAUCUGUGCUUUGUUUUGGAGCUCCUUCUACUCCUGUAGAUUCAAAUAUGCUUAAAUUAAGAUUGAAAUUUUCCAUUUACGCAUUUGUUUUCAGUUUGAGGAAUUCACUACAAGAAGGUCUCAGUGGAGGAAAACAGCCAUGAGUAUGAAGGGUAGCACAAAGGCUAAAAGUUACUGUUGAUGGCAAUAUUACAGAUCGAUUGGACCAUCAUAUGUAAUUGUAACCAGGGGCUACAGGGGGAGUCUGGUUUAAAUAAUUAAAAAAAAAAAGACUAAAUUUGGGAGAAUUGAUCCAACAAUUUUUUUCUGGCUGGAUUUAAUCAUUUAUCUUAAUAUUUGACAAAAAAAGGAUCUUUUUACUAUCGUCUUUUAAAAGACUUCCAUGUUACAGUUCCGAUCUACGCCUCUAAAGGUGAAAAAUUCCCCUCAGUGAUGCAGGUUUCUAACAUUGCCUCAGCGUUACAUUCUUAUGCUCAGUUUCACCAAGUGGGCACAGGCUAAAAGAGGAAAUCCAAACUCACCUGAACCUCCAGGCUCAUUUUAAGGAUACUAGCAAAGCAUGACACACUGUGCUAUUGUGCCUUUUAUCACUAUUGCACAUUGACACAUAAACCAGUCUUAUUUUAGAAUGUGUUCUCCACCGUUUGGUUGUCCGUGUGUACCCCUCCCAUUAGCAGACAGUCUGCGCAGCCGCUCUCUGUCGGUCUAAAAUGGCACCAGCUGUUAUCUCCUUCCUCCAGCAGGGAGUGGUGUUCUGUUCCACCUCAUUCCCAUGGAGAGGCAAAGGCUCAACCUCCAAAAUGUUUGUUUUUAUGUUCGUUUCUUUUUCAGACAAAUGUUUUGUUUUUGUAAUAUUUUGUUCCUUCUUGUUGUAAGAUUCGGACGUAACACAUCAUAAAUCUAAAAAUACAGUGCUUAACUACUCCCUCAAAGGAGUUUUUUUGAUCUCAGGUUCCACUGACAAGCAUCCCUAAAGGCUCUUCAGAAAAGGCAGAGGAUUCAUGUUACAAAUGAAGUAAAAUGUACUGAAAAGCA